UUUGCUUUCCCACAUCAACUUGAUGAACUUGAAGACUAUGGAAACUUCAUCCACCAAAAGUUUGCCCAAAACAUCAGCAAGUAUCAUUCCUGUGUCAUCGCCUUUGAUAAGGCAGUCAGGAAAUGCAUCAGUCGAAGGAGAGACUUGCAACUAUCUGAUUUUGACCAAUUUGUAGACCUCUAUGAAGGUCAUUUCUCCCUCUCUGGCUGCUGUGUCAAUGAUGAAGGGAGCUCAAGUGGUUCCAAGUGUCAAUGA